ACGCACCAAACGGCAACAACAAAUAUGGAGGCGUCUCCGUUCAGCUUCACACCGGAGAGGUACUGGACGGAGGAGAAAGAGAGGGCGCUCAUAGCGUUUUUCUCCAAACACAGUUGUCUGUGGAACCACAAGUCAGAGAGCUACAAGAACCGACAGCUGCGAUGGAAAACCCUGGAACACCUGAGGAUCCUUCUGUCAGCUCACCCUCCACCUGUUUCUUUCACAGUGGAAGACAUUAAGAAUAAGUUCAAGAACCUUCGUACGACCUUUCAGCGUCAGUACAAAAUGGUAAAGGCGAGCAAGGUGUGCAGGUCGGAUGAUGUGUUCGUGCCGCAGUGGAAGCACUACCAGCAGCUGAUGUUCCUGCAGGGCUGCUGGGACCAGGACGACAGUGUCGAUGAUCAGCCGCUGUCGCCGCUGACUCUUCCACAGGAGGAGACCCAGUCUGUCCUCACAUCCCCGGGACUGAUCAUCUCCUUGCUUCCUACUCCAUCCACCUCCUUUCCCUCCACCUCAUCCUCCUCCGUCCCCUCCAACAUGAUGGUUAAAUGUUACUGGACCGAAGAGAGGGAGCGGUCCCUGAUAGCUUUUUACUCCGAGCACAACUGUCUGUGGAACAAAAACUCUGAAAACCACAACAACCGUCAGCUCAGACGGAGGCUGCUGGAGGCCCUGAGAGACCAGCUGUCCGAGCACUCGGUGUCUUUCUCAGUUGAGGACAUAAAGUGCAAGUUCAAGAACCUUCGGACAGUUUUUAACCGGGAAUAUAAGGCGGUCCAGGCCAGCAGGGCGGCUGACAAACUCUACGUGUCCAAGUGGAAGCACUACCAGCAGCUGCUCUUCCUCUGCGACUCCGGCGACGAAGACGACGGCACAGACGACCUGCAGAUACUGAUGCCACAGGAAGACAAGGAUCAGGACCUUGGAAACCAAACACCCUCCUCCACCCUGAGCAGCUUCUCCUCCAGCUCCACCCAAACUAAUAGCAUCAAGGUCAAUCACUCCUCUGCUCCCCCCAGCUCCAGCCAGAGCAACGCCCAAACUAACCCCAGCGCUGCAUACAAAAUUUUCCUGUCUGUGUCUCCAGACAGUCUCAAACUAGCGAGUCAGACAGCUCCUUCCACACUGCCAGCCUCCCCAUCCUCCUCACCACCGGAUACCAAACCGUGUACAAACCCCUCCCCUCUAAAUUUCUCUGUAUCCGGUGCAGUUCAGUCCAACAGCAGACUGAGCACAGACUCCCGCUGCCACUGGAGUGAGGCCAAAGUUCAGCAGCUCAUAUCAUUUUACUCAGAUCACAGUUGUCUUUGGAACCACAAAUGUGAGAGCUACAAGAACCGUCUGCUGAGACAGAGCCUGCUGGAGACACUGAGCAGCCUCCUGUCUGACAAUGAGCCGGUUCCGUUCACAGUGGAAGACAUAAAGACAAAGUUCAGGAACUUGCGAACCAUCUUCCAACGUGAACACAAGGCGGUGAGCUCGAACAAAACGUGUGGUUCAGAGGACUUUUACCUGCCAAAGUGGAAACACUACCGUGAGCUCAUGUUCCUCUGUGACUCCUGUGAUGAGGACGAGCGACCAGAAGAGCUUCACUUCCACGAACCGCAGGAGUCCGGCCUUCUCAACCUGGAUGCCCAAUCCCCGCCCUCCUCCCUACACUACCGCGCCACCACUCAAACUGCUACAAAACUGAGCAUAACACCUCAGAGCCUCGAAGCCCCACCCUCGCCCACUCCCCCAGACUCCCAGCACUCAUCCCCUUCUUCCUCCCCAUCCCCCUCCACAUCCUCCUCUCACGCCGACAGCCGAGUGUCGGGACGCAAACGAGCGAGCCGCCGGUUGCCGCCCACCACCAGCGAGAUGCUGGAUUUCAUGAGGACGAUCUGUCAAAGUCAGACGGUGUCACCGCACGCCGGGUUCCUGAAAUACGUAGAGGAGUGUCUGAACGAGACGCCGCCAGACAAAGUGAAGAAACUGAAGAAGAAAAUAAUUGAGACGAUCCACAGCGUGUCAGAGGAGGUUUAGGGUUUCACUGUCUGAGGAGCUUAAGUCAGACUCGGUGCACUGAUUUCUUUUCUUUUUUUUUUUUAUCCAUCGUUCCAUUACUCCCUCCCCACCAUGUGGUGCAUGCAGAUCAGAACUCUGGUAAUGUACACACAACCUGAUGAUGGACAAUGAUAGACUAACUAUAAAACAAGUCACAGGUUGAAACAAAGGUCUGCAUGUCAUAAUAUUCUGACGUUAGCAAAAUGUCAGAAUAUUAAUGUUAACACGUUAGCGCGCUGUGUUACAGGCUAGCACGUUAUUGCCAAAGGUUGCACCUUAAUGCUAACAGUAGCAUGCUAGCAUACAUAAGGCCAGCAUGGCAGUAGUUAGCUUUAGAAGCAUUCUGUCAUGAGCCAAAGUGUCCAUAAGCCAAAGACAUGGACAUAUUUAUCUUUUAGGUGGCACUGAAAAGUAUAUGACAUUCUGGUGUUUUAAAAUAUGUUGUGAAUAACUUAAUCCAGAGAGCCUUCACAGAAAAAAAUGAAUUGCAUGAAACCAGGAAACAUAGUUUGAGGAAAAAAUGUUUUU